GGAUGAUGCACAAGAGAGUUUAAACAUGUCUCGGAGCAGUACAGCAAACCAAAGUCGUUACAGCACUCUGGAAAAACCCAGGCGGUCUGGAAGAUACAGCAGCUCCAGCGGCCGGAACAGCCUUAGAGAAGUACUGUGUGAUUUUUGCCUGGUUAAGAAGAACAAAGCAGUGAAGUCAUGUCUGACGUGCUUAACCUCAUUUUGUGAGACGCAUCUCCAGGCUCAUUAUGAGUAUCCAGCUCUCAUGAAGCACAAACUGGUGGCGGCAACUGGGCAACUGCGUGAGAAGAUCUGUGCAGAACAUGAUAAACUUUUAGAGGUUUUCUGCCGUUCUGACCAAGCAUGUGUAUGUGUUUUGUGUAUCAUGGAGGAACACAAAAAACAUGAUAUUGUUUCAGCCGCUGCUGAAAGGACAGAAAAGCAGAAACAGCUUGGGGCUACACUGAUGACUUCACAGCAGAAAAUUGAAGAAAGGAUAAAGAAAUGGCAAGACCUCAGGCAAGCAGUGGCAUCCCUAAAACAUUCAUCUCAGAGUGUACUAGAUGAAAAUGAGCGUAUUUUUGCGGAACUUCUGAGGGCACUAGAAAGGAGGCAUGGAGAAGUGAAGGAGAUUAUCCGAGCCCAGGAAACACUUCUGGUGAACCGUGCAGAGGGACACCUGGCCCGGCUGGAGGAGGAGAUUACAUUACUGAGAAAGAAACAUAAUGAUCUGGAGCAGCUGUCCCAAUCUGAUGACCAUAUUCAUUUCUUACAGAGCUGGCAGUCUCUUUCUGCCCCUUCUGGAUAUGAAGACUUGUCCAAGGUGACAUUAGCCCCACAUCACACUUUUGACAAUGCAAAGAAAGCCGUCUUUGAACUGAAAGUGCAAUUAGAAGACAUAAGCAAAGAAGAACUGAACAAAAUCUCAUCAGCAGGUGAGGUUAAAAUUCUCCAGACUCUGGACCCUGCAAAGGAGGAGUUUUUAGAAUAUUCCUGCCAGCUCUCGAUGGAUGCUUUAACAGCCCAUCCGAACCUGCACCUGUCAGACAGAAACACAGUUGUGCGGAUGAGCAACGAGCCGAGGCCGUACCCAGAGCAUCCCGAUCGCUUUGAAUACUGGCAGCAGGUUCUGUGUAAGGAGGGUCUAGCUGGCGGUCGCUACUACUGGGAAGUGGACUGGAGCGGCACAGAAAUAGACAUCGCUGUGACUUACAGGGGGAUUCAGAGGAAGAGAAACGACAAAGCCGGCAGCUUUGGGGGGAAUGACAAGUCUUGGAGUUUGUACUGCUCUGAAUCCAAGUACUCUUUUGUACAUAACAGCAAGAGCACAACUAUACCUGUCCCCAAAUCCACCAGGAUAGGGGUGUAUGUAGACUACGAGGCAGGAACAGUGGCAUUUUACAGUGUGUCUGACACCAUGAAGCUCUUGCACAAGGUUCAGACUAAGUUCACUGAGCCUCUCUACGCUGGUCUCGGAGUCUGGGGAUACGGGAGUACAGUGCGGCUGUAAUGCAUAAUGCACAAUGAAAAUAAUGUAUUCCAUUACAUAUCUGAAAGGAUUCUAAUCAAUUUAAAAAAUGCAUGAUUCUUUGUAAUGGCCUUCUGCUCUAAUUCAAAACACAUCCACCAGAUGGAGACAUUCCAAACUUUAAGUGAGACUUAUCAGACUUUUUUUCUGUUCUGUUUAGUAUUAUGUAUUGUGUUUUAUUUGACACAUUAACGCAUUUAAAAUGUAUUAAAGUAAUUGAUAUGA